GCGCAUGCGCAGUCCACAGAUAACGAUCAGUUUCAGGAAGUGAGGAUGAGGAAGCGUCUCUUCCUCCUGGUCUUCUGUGAGUUUCAGGGUUCGGCACCGAACACACGUGACAUCAAACACAUCAAAGGAACCAUAAACACGUUUACACCGUUGUGUGUGUGGAGCCCCACGUGCGACAGUGACGAGGAAGGACCUCUGUUCCCUUCAGUCUGUCAACGAGUCAGGGAGACACGUGAGGGAACCAGGAAGUGAUCCAGCGGUUUCCUCUCGGGGAUGGGUGUUGUGAAACAUCUGGUCUGCGGCCUGGGGAAAGCCACCGGCCUCGUCUCUGUCUCGGUCCUGGUCAUCGCAGCGGUUCUCAGUUACCUCGACGACCCGGAUCCGGUUCAGGUCUCCAGUAUGGCCGAGGACAUGAAGACCCUGGAGGAAAACUUCAGGCAGCGGAACAGAAGCUGUUUCCUCCUCGGUGCGUCUGGGGAAACCGGCAGUUUGCUGCUUCAAGAGCUGCUGGAGCGAAACAUCUUCUCCAAGAUCACAGUCAUUGGCAGGAGGCAGCUCACCUUUGAGGGCAAAGCGUAUGAAAACCUGGUACAAGAGGUGGUGGACUUUGAGAAGCUCGAUGAUUACGCCGCUGCCUUCCAGGGCCAUGAUGUCGGCUACUGCUGUCUGGGAACAACCCGGGCAAAAGCAGGGGCUGAUGGAUUCUUCCGUGUUGAUCAUGACUAUGUUCUAAAAUCAGCCGAGCUCGCCAAGGCGGGCGGCUGCUCACAGUUCCACCUGGAGUCCUCUAGAGGAGCGGAUAAAAACAGCAACUUCCUCUACCUCAAAGUCAAGGGCCAAGUGGAAGCAGAUAUUGAGGCGCUGGAUUUUGAGAGAUAUUCCAUUUACAGACCAGGGGUUUUGUUGGUCGACAGGCGGGAGAGUCGGCCGGGCGAGUGGCUGGCCAGGAAGUUCUUCGGUGCCGUCUCUGCGGUGUGCUCUACGCCCAUGUCCAUCCCGAUCCAAGUGGUGGCAAAAGCGAUGGUGUCCAACACUCUGCGUCAACCUGAGCAGAAGACGGAGAUCCUGGAGAACAAAGCCAUCGGCGAUCUGGGAAAGAGCACAGGGAAAUAAGAGAGGAGCCGGGAAACCACAGAGAUAACUGCAGCAGAUGUUGAGGGACGACAAAUCCUCAGAAAUCAUCAUCAGGAGUUUUUGUUAAAUUGGGUUUUUAAUUGAUUUCUCUUUGAGCUUUGCAGCUCUCAGAAAAACAAAAACUGCGAAUGCACUUUGAUGGUUAUCUAUUUAUGUGCUAGAUUCUUUAUGGAGGAAACAACCUGUAAAUUAUUUCAUCGUGACAGAUUGUAAAUAUGGGUUUCUAUGCUUUUAUCUGUGUGAACACUGGAAUGUUUUCAUCUUGAUGUUCUCCAUUCACGCUCUGGAACAUCAGCUUGAAUCACUGCCUUAACAUAAACGUCAUGUUUCUUCAAGAGUAAAUUACUACUAGAGUCAAUUUGUGACAUUAACAUCAGGGAAAUGUUUUCAUAAAAGCUUCAGCAUAUCAUUUAAUUAGUAUCUGAUGACUACAUAUAUCAUAACUGUGCAGGUGGAUAUUAUAUGUAAAGUAUAUAAACAAUAUAUUUGCAACGCUUCAUUAAAGAUAAUAUAUUCGUUCAUUUUGUAUCUUUACCACACAAAUGCCAUCCACUGAGUUUCUGUGAUACCAGCAAUGGAACAGUUUUGAAUAAACUUUGCUUGUAUUAAA